GCGAGCGCGGAGACAGGGGGCCCCGGGCGCCCAGGAGCCCCGCCGAGGGAGCCGGGGCCCCAGAAGGAGGAGGGCGGCGGCGACGACGAGGAGAACCGCCAGCGCCCGCCGCCCGAGCAGGACGGGAGGGCCGCCCCCGCCGCGCUCCUCGCCGGCCCCGGGCGCGCCCGGUCCUCCUCCUCGCCGCCAAGGAAGGCGACGACCCCCGGUCCUUCCUCGCCGAGGAGGGAGGCCUCGGCCCGGCCGGAGGCAGCAGAAUUCAGUAAUUGAUGCUGAGGCCUUCCGCUGGAGACUUAAGCUGACAGCUGCCCAUUGACAAUAGAUGCACCUGUUUGCUGAAGUUCCAAGAUUCCUUU